AUGGAUAUGAGUGUCACAGCCUGGGAGGCCGAACUCACAACCAUCUAUGGAAGUGAUCAGGAAUUUUAUCACCAUUAUACAUGGAAAAUAAUCCUGGAAAUACUGACAGUCAUUGUGGCCCUGGUGGGGCUGUCAGGGAACACAGUGGUCCUCUGGAUCCUGGGCUUCCACAUGCGCAGGAAUGCCUUUUCUGUUUACAUCGUCAACCUGGCGGGGGCCGACUUCCUCUUCCUCUUCUGCUUUAUUAUAUAUUUUUUAUAUUCAACUUUCAACUUACAUAUUACCAAGGAAGUAAUUAGCAGAUUUGUCUCAAUUGUGGCAAUGUUUGCCUACAUCUCAGGCUUGAGUAUUCUCAGCACCAUCAGCACGGAGCGCUGCAUAUCUGUCUUGUGGCCCAUCUGGUAUCACUGCCGCCGCCCCACUCACAUGUCUGCUAUCAUGUGUGCCCUGCUCUGGGCCCUGUCCCUGCUUCUGAGCAUGCUGGAAGGGAACUACUGUGACUUCCCGAAUUGGGGAGUGCAUCAUGUUUGGUGUCAAGUAUUGGAUUUCAUCACUGUGGCAUGGCUUAUUUUGUUAUUUGUGCUGCUCUCUGGGUCCAGCCUGGCCCUGAUGACCAGACUGUUAUGUGGCUCCCAACGGUUGCUGCCCACCAGGCUCUACAUGACCAUCAUGAUCACUGUACUGGUCUUCCUCCUCUGUGGCCUGCCCUUUGGCUUCCACUGGUUCCUCAUAGUCCGGUUUUCAAAUGAAUAUCUUGCCCUCUUCCAUCUUUCCAAGACUGUACAGCUUCUGUCCUGUGUCAACAGCUGUGCCAACCCCUUCAUUUAUUUCUUUGUGGGCUCCUUCAGGCAGCGAUGGCAGAAGCAGAGACACACUCUGAGGCUGGUUCUUCAGAGGGCUUUUCAGGACACUCCUGAAGUGGAUGAACUUGGAGAAAGCCUUCCUGGGGAAACCCUGUACAUGUCAGGAACCAGACAGAGGCAGUGA